GAAGUACUGCAGUGGAAGCUGGAACGCGUAUGCUGGUAGCCAGAUCACGUCGCUGGCGCAGCGAAUAAGUGCAAUAUAAUCAACGCGUUUAGUUGCUGUAUGUCCCUUCCUAAUUUUCAGCCAUUAUAUUGUCAAUAAUGUAUUCUGAAAUAACUUGAGUUUGUUCGUGUACGGUAAUUUCAUAGCAUCUGAGUAAUCGCAAUAUAAUACACAAGACAGAAUCCAAGGUCUGUCUGUCAUCGCGCUCCUAAAGAUGAUCUGUGUGCUACCAGGGCUAUACAUUGGAAGUUCCAGUGACACAACAGAUCCACAACUGCUACGGAGAGAUGGUAUCACGCAUAUACUGACUGUGGACAGCGAGACACCAAAGAAUGUGGACUCAUUCCACGUUAAGUUUGUUCAUGUAUUGGAUGACUCUUGUGCUGACCUCCUGAGCUGUUUACCGGCAUGCUUACACUUUGUGAAAGAUGCUCUGGGGACAUCGGGAUCAGCUGUCCUUGUUCACUGUCAUGCUGGGAUGAGUCGGAGUGCUGCUGUUGUUACAGCUUAUUUAAUGAAUACAGAAAACCUUACAUUUCAAGAUGCCUACACACGACUGGAGAUCAUAAAACCUGAUGUCAAGAUUAAUGAAGAGUUUGUCAACCAGCUGGCAUUGUUUGAAGCAAUGGGCUGUGAGGUGGAUUUGACAAGUCCAACCUACAAGCAAUAUCGUCUUCAGAAAGUCACAGAGAAAUAUCCUGAGUUGAAGAAGCUGCCACAAGAAAUCUUUGCCUCAGACCCUAGUUCCAUGGGAAAAACUGCAGAUAUAAUCUACAGAUGUAGGAAAUGCAGACGUUCCUUGUUCCGGGAAAGCAGUAUACUUAAUCAUGUCUUGGGCACUGGCCCGACAGCAUUUGUGCAUAAGAAGCUGACUUCGGUAUGUGCCUUGGACACUACAAAGUGUACCUCCUACUUUGUGGAGCCUGUGCAGUGGAUGGAAGAAGCUCUGCUAGGUGUAAUGGAUGGGCAGCUCCUGUGCCCUAAGUGUAAAUGCAAGCUGGGUUCUUUCAACUGGUACGGGGAGCAAUGUUCGUGUGGUCGUUGGGUCACCCCAGCGUUCCAGGUGCAUAAGAACAGAGUGGAUGAAGUCAAGGCAGUGCAAAUCCGUGGAAUACAAUCUUGAUAUCAAAGUUGAAUAAAGCAAAAUCAUGGUUUAUCAGAA